AUGAAACAAAAUAGACGAAAUGUUAUUCAAUCAAUGAGCGCACGUUUUGUGUUUUUAUCGUGUGUUUAGAAAAUAAAAUCAUCAAUAAAAAUAAGUAAAACUCGUGUAAAUGUGUUUAUGAUAGUAUUGCUUUUUACAUAAUACUGAAAGCGGUGUACAUAUCGUUCAUAAUUGUAAAUAGUUUGACAAAACCGGUAACCAUGAGGAUAUAUUUAUUAAAAAGUGUGUCGCGGGUGAUAGGCGCGAGGUUUUACUCGACGCCGAAUUAUAAGAAAGUAACGCACUGUAUUUUCGACAUGGACGGACUUCUGCUUGAUACGGAACUGGUAUACAAGAAAAUGAUAACACAGCUAUGUGCAAAAUACGGCCACGUGUAUACAGACGAGUUGAUGAUGAAAGUCCUGGGUGGUACGGAGCAGCGGCUUUCGGAGAUCUUGUGCAAAGAACUGAAGUUACCAGUCUCACCGAAGGAGUUUAGAGAUGAGUUGCUGGUGUUAGGAGACACUAUGUUAGCAGGAGCACCUUUAUUGGACGGUGCGGAAAGGUUAAUACGUCACCUACACAAAACCAAGGUUCCUUUCGCCCUCGCCACCUCCUCAAGUGCGAGAUCAGUGGAGACGAAGAUAGCCCAGCACAAAGAACUGUUCUCAUACUUCCAUCACAUGGUGAUGGGCAGCACGGAUAAGGAAGUCAAAUAUGGAAAACCACAUCCAGAUAUAUUUUUGGUAGCGGCUGCCAGGUUUCCUGAUAAACCGGAUCCUUCUAAGUGCCUAGUAUUCGAAGACUCCCCUCACGGCGUGACGGCCGGCUGCAAGGCAGGCAUGCAAACAGUCAUGGUGCCCGACCCUCACUUAGACAAGAAGCUAACAACACACGCAACCAUCGUACUGCCCACACUGGCCAAGUUCCAACCGGAACUGUUCGGUCUACCCGCGAUCAAGUGACGGUAGUUCGAAAUUUAAAUUUUUAAGAAUCAGCGUGCUAUAUAAACUUUUUGGUGGUGAAACUUUAUUUGUAGCAUCUUGAAUGUAGUUGAAAGGACAAAGUUUUAGUUCUACAGGAUUGAUUUUAGUCUUUGGAAAAGAGUUUCUGAAUAAUUUUUCUUAUACAUUUUGACCAUGCUACAAGUAAAGUUCACAUACAAACUAUGCAAGGUUUUAGAUUUUACAAUAAUACCAUGUAGGCUUUUGUACAGUCAGCCAUAGCCCUAUGAGCCUACUAAUCAAGCCUAGCAACCUAGAUAUCUGUCAAUUAUUUUUCAAUGUAGUAGACUAACCGAAAUAAUGUAAUAUUUAUGUCUUUAUUUUUAUACAGACUUUUUAUUUGUAGUUCAGUACCAACUAAAUGUAAAAAAAAGUACAAAAAUAUAUAUGCCAUGUAAAGAACCCCAACUAAUUAUAUUUUUUUUUGUAGAACACAAAUAAGAUUUAGUAAUAGUACUUAAAUGUAUUAAGAGAUAAUUAUAUUACUGUAUGUAUGUUUUUUAAUGUCAAUUGAUACGGGUAGUGUGACCGAACAUCUCGGAGAAACAGGCUUUGAAUAAAUACUUUUUAAUGCUACCCUUGUCUAUGACUGUUGAGUGUUUUUGUUAUUUAUAUCUAUGUUAUUCUAAAAACAUGUUACAAAUUAAGAACAAGUUAGAUGUUUAACAAAAACCAAACACUGCCUUAGUGUGUAUUAAAUAAACAACCUGCCUUCCAUAGGACCUAGAAUUCUGGUGAACAUAAAAUGUAUGAAAGAUGAAAAAUCGAAAGCCUUAGUACAUAACAUAAUUUAUAUAAAUGGCAACAUUUCUUGAAGCCUCCGGAUAGUGCAAUCAGUGUAGUAGACAAUACAGAUUGUUGUUAUUAUUUACAAAGUCUGGUAGUUGUAGAUGAUUUUAAGAAAUAAAUUAUUUGUAUGAUUGUUUUUCAA